AUGACCGAAUUAAUCGAAAGAAUCAAUAACCAAUCGAUUAAACCAAUAAUCCAUUAUGACCGAAUUGAUUACCCGUUCCAUUCUAAUACAGCACUGGCUUCAAUUGAGAGAAAGAAAGAGAUGAUGUUCUGCUCCACCCUCCCAUCCACGCCUUCCCACCACCACCAGAAAGUACUUGACCCACCGCCGUCCACCGUCAAUGCCACUAACUUCAACACCGUACUCGAACUCAAACAAGUACACGCAUUUCUCGUCAAAACCCAAAGCCAUCACUCUCUCCCUCUCACCCGCGUCGCUCUCAUCUGCGCCCUCACCAACCAUUUCUCUUACGCUCACAAAAUCCUCCGCCUCUCACCAAACUCCCAAGAACUCGUUCCAUGGAACUUCUGCCUCAAACAUUUCGCCGAAGGAGAGUCCCCUCACGACGCCAUCACUCUCUUCCGUCGCCUCCGCCAAAUGGGUACCCCAAUCCCUGACCACUUCACGUGUUCCUUCGUUCUCAAAGCCUGUACUCGUGUUUCCGACAUUCAAACUGGGAGAAUCAUUCAUGGCUUCGUGGUGAAGCUUGGGUUAACAGCUAAUUUGGUUUUGCAAAAUAUGAUUGUGCAUUUGUAUGCAGUUUGCGGGGAGAUGAGUGAUGCGCGCCUUGUGUUCGAUAAAAUGCCUCAGCGAGAUGUUGUUACUUGGAACAUAAUGAUAAGUCAGUUGGUUAAGGCGGGUGACUUCCGUGGUGCUUAUGGUUUGUUUUGUCUGAUGCCAGAGAGGAAUGUGAAGACUUGGACGUCCAUGAUUUCGGGGUUUGUCCGGUGUGGGAAGUCGGAGGAAGCUGUAGGGUUGUUCUUGGAGAUGGAGAGGGAACGUUUGAGGCCAAAUGAGGUGACCGUGGUGGCAGUUUUAGCGGCUUGUGCUGAUUUGGGUGACUUGGAGCUUGGCAGGAGUGUUCACCAGUUCGCAGAUCGGAGUGGGUUUCAUGGGAAUGUACAUGUUUGUAACACACUGAUUGAUAUGUAUGUGAAGUGCGGAUGCUUGGAAGAGGGUUACAGAGUUUUUGAAGCCAUGAGAGAUCGAAGAACUGUUGUAUCGUGGUCGAGCAUGAUAGCAGGGUUUGCCAUGCACGGUUAUGGAGAGAAGGCUCUAGAAUUGUAUGAUGAGAUGAUUGAAUCAAGUGUGGAGCCAAAUCAUGUGACAUUCAUUGGGCUCCUCCAUUCUUGUAGCCACAUGGGAUUGGUCGAAAAGGGUCGAGAGUUUUUUGCCACCAUGACCAGAGCAUAUGGAAUAGUGCCUAGGAUUGAGCAUUAUGGUUGCUUGGUUGAUCUCCUGAGUCGCGCAGGGCUAUUGAAAGAGGCUCAUGAGGUUAUCAUAAACAUGCCUAUAUCGCCAAAUGGGGUCAUUUGGGGGGCUCUGCUUGGUGGUUGCAGGCUUCAUAAGAACAUCGAAUUGGCUGAGGAAGCUAUGAAACAUAUCUCGGAAUUGGAUCCACUUAAUGAUGGAUACUACAUUGUUCUCUCGAAUGCUUAUGCAGAGGUGGGAAAAUGGGAAGAAGUAACGAAAAUCAGGAAGUUGAUGAAGAACAGAGGGGUGAAGAAAACGCCUGGAUGCAGUUCAAUCACAAUAGAUGGAACAGUUCAUGAGUUUGUAGCAGGGGACGAGUCUCAUCCUGAAUGUGAUGAGGUAUUUGAGAUGUGGGAAAAACUAUUAGUGAAGAUGAAGGAAAAAGGGUAUGUGCCAAAUACUUCAGUUGUGCUUCUUGAUGUGGAAGAUAAAGAAAAGGAGAAGUUCCUCUUUCGCCAUAGUGAAAAACUGGCACUUGUGUAUGGGUUGAUGAACACAAAACCUGGAAUGCCUAUUAGGAUUAUCAAGAAUCUUCGUAUGUGUGAGGAUUGUCAUGCUGCUUUUAAAAUACUAUCUGCCAUUGAAAAGAAAGAAAUUGUGGUGCGUGAUCGGAGUAGGUUUCAUUGUUUCAAAAAUGGUGAUUGUACAUGCAAGGAUUAUUGGUAG